AUGACUAUUUUGUCUACUGCGAUUGCAUAUGUUUUUGACAGUAACGGUAAGCGACAUAGUUGUAGGGUGCUCUUAGAUAGUGGAUCACAACCAAAUUUGAUGACUGAACAAUUAGCUAAAAAAUUAAAUCUCAAAAAACAAAGAUUAAAUUCUGCGAUUGAAGUUUUGAAUAAUAACAAAAUAAAUAGUAUUGAAUGGGUAGAAACAAUGUUCGAAUCUAGUAAUGCAAAAUAUACAACAAAACUUUCUUUUCUCAUCCUUCCAAAAAUAACAAGUGAAAUCCCAUCCAUUCUUAUAAAUAAAAAACAAUUUGAGAUUCCUCCACAUAUAAAUUUAGCUGAUCCAGAAUUCCACAGGCCAGCGGAAGUAGACAUAUUAGUUGGACCAGAGCUGUUUUAUGAACUACUGGAACAAAACACAAUUUCUCUCGCGAUGCCACAUAUCUCACUACAAAACUCUAAAUUAGGGUGGAUUGUCACGGGUAGAAUAAACAAUAACCAAUUACAUCGGGGAUUAAAAUGCAACCUAGUGCGGGAUGUAUUGACCGUUCAGUUGGAGAAAUUUUGGAGAAUCGAUAAAGGAAUUGAAACUAAAUAUUUGUCUACAGAGGAGUCAGAAUGUGAAAAAAAUUGUUUACAAAAUGUUCAGCGUGACUCAGAAGGAAAGUACAUCGUCAGUUUACCGUUCAAUAAAAAGAAAGAAAACUUAGGAAAUUCAUAUGACAUUGCUAAACGUAGAUUUUUUAUUUUAGAACGAAGACUCUUGAAGGAUGCCAAUUUAAAACAGAAAUAUGAUGAAUUUCUCGAGAAAUAUGAGGAUCUUGGUCACAUGCAGCUUUCUACUAGUGGCCCGGAGGAAGGAUUCUAUAUGCCACACCAGACGGUGAUCAAGCAAUCUUUUCUUUCAAGAGUGGUUUUUGAUGGAUCAUCAUUGACAGACACUGGAAUUUCGCUUAAUGAAACACUUUUAGUGAGAGCAGUCAUUCAGGACGGAUUGUUCAGCUUAUUAAUUCGAUUUCGUCAACAUCGAAUUGCUCUCAGCGCGGAUGUGGAAAAGAUGUACAGACAAUUCUGGAUUCAUCCAAAAGAUCGGAAGUUCCAGAAAAUCUUGUGGAGAAAAGAUCCAGAUAAACCUGUAAAAACGUAUGAAUUAAAAACAAUAACGUAUGGAACAUCAGCGGCACCUUUUUUGGCAGUUCGAUGUCUUAAGCAAUUGGCUAUCGACGAAGGAUCCAAUUUUCCUGAAGCAGCCAAAGCUUUAAACGAAGACUUCUACGUGGACGAUUCUCUGACAGGAGCUGAUACUAUCGAGGAAGCAUUGCAGUUGAAAAAUGAUUUGAUAAAGCUGACUAAGAAGGGUGGAUUAAUUUGA